AGAAUUACAGUGAUAUACAAUAUUAAAAGAUGGAUUUCACAGGACUUUUGUUAUCAGUCAUUUUGUGUUCAUCUCUUUGUGAAUGUGGAAAUAUUCUCGUUGUACCAGUGGAUUUCGGCUAUAAUAGCAGAAUGAGGAAUACAAUAAAUAUUGGACGAAUUAUGAUGAAUGCUGGUCAUGAAGUAACCCUCUUGCUCUCUGAUCAGAUUGAACAUGAUGCUUUGUUUAAAUUAGGUGAGACAAAUAAUAUGAACAAAACAUUUAAUGUCUUACAUUUCAAGAAGCCACCUGUUGAUCCAUCCAAGGACAUAAAUACUUUGAAUCAGGAUCAUGUUGUCAGCUUAAUAGGGGAUGCUGUGGAUGCCUUUGACACUGUACUACCUAUAUAUUUUGAUUUAAUUUCCCAUCCUCUGAAAGACAAAACUGUUUGGAAAAAGAUUGCGAGUGCAAAGUUUGACUUGAUAAUAAGCGAUGAGCUUAUGAUGGUGUCAAGGAUUAUAGCUGCAACUUUCAAUAUUCCAUUGAUUCUUUAUGAAAACUGGGGACCAAUGAGUUUUGAUGCAAAUCUUGUACAAAGAUUUAAUCUUGCAUAUGUUUCUGCUUAUGUUGAACCAUACUCGGACAUUUUGUCUUUCUCAGAAAGAGUCUUCAAUGUUUGGGACUAUUUUAAACUUCAAAAUGUGAACAGGAAAUUGUUCAGUAAAUCUUUUGAGAUAUGUAAAGAACUGGAUUAUGGAGAUGCCUGUGAUUACAUAGAGAAUGCUGACAAAAUUGCCUCUCUGGUCUUUAUGAACAGAAAUGAUGCACUUCAUUACCCACUUCCCUUAAUGCCACAUGUUAUAUCUGUAGAAGGAUUUUUCCUCGAAAACCCAAAGCCUUUAGAUCGACACUAUGCCAACAUUAUUGAGAAAGCUGGAAAACAUGGGAUAAUUGUUGUGAGCUUUGGCUCAAUGUUCCGUAGACUCUGGCCAGAACUUCGAACCACAUUUGCCAAAGCAUUUGCUGCAAUGCCACAAACUGUGAUUUGGAGUUACGAAGGCCCCACACCAGAAGGUCUUGGAAAUAAUACGAUAUUGAGUAAAUGGAUACCUCAAGAAAGCCUGUUGAAUCAACCUGCUACUAAACUAUUUGUGACACACUGUGGAGCUUCAUCCAGCUUUCAAGCUUUGCAUUAUGCCCUCCCUGUGAUUGGAGUACCAUUCUUUUGGGAUCAGCCUUUCUAUUGCCAGAAACUCUCCCAUAGAGUAAAAUCUGGUCAAACUGUUUCUUUGGAAGGAAUCACCAGCAAGAAGUUUCAACGAGCCAUGAAGGAGGUUAUAGAGAAUAAAACAUACAAGGCGAAUGCUGAAAGAGCUGCUGCUAUAUACCAUGAUCAACCCAUACCACCAAAGGACAAACUUGUCUACUGGGCUGAAUAUGUAAUACGCCACAAGGGUGCACCCCAUUUACGAUCCCAAGCUGCUAAUGAACUGAAUUUCUUCCAAUACUAUUUGCUCGACAUCAUAGCACUAGUGUGUUGUGUUUGCAUUAUAAUUGGAACUGUUCUGGUUAUUAUAGUCAAGAAAGUCAUUUGCUUCAUAUUCUCUAAUCAGAAGGUCAAAUAUGAUUAAAAAAGUAUUCACACAUAGCUAGGCAAGGUGUGUCAACUUCUAUCAAUCAGAGGAUAGUAUUUCAUAUGACUGCAUUGUAUUAUAUAACCAGCAACUCACACAAGGGGUCAUUUUUAGAUCCAAGUGAAACUAAUGAAACCAAUAAGCUUAUUUUCUUUGUUUAGUAAACAUUUGUAACUAGUAUCAUGCUUUAAGUGCUAUUAUGCAGGUCAAAUGGUAGUUGCAAUGAAUGGUUGUUAAAUUCCAGUGAAUGGAUUUAGUAUGGACUAAUGCUGUAAGGCCAUAGGACCUUUGCUCAGGAAAGAAGUUCCAAUAUAGCCACUCAAUAUAAAAUGGCCACCAUUUUAUUUAGAAAAUAUAUGUAAUUUCUAUGAUUCAAAUACCAUUUAAGGUGCUAUGGAAGUUAACAGGAAAUGACAAAGCAGGAAGUGACAAAAAAAUUUGCAUUUUAAGACAUUUUUUGAACCAAGAUAACAGAGUUCUGUUUUGCCCUUCAGUCAAUUCAACUAGUCCCAAAUACCAUUUACAGGUCCAGGAUCACAAUGUUCAUGGUCAGAAUGACCCUAAACAUGAUGAAAUAACCUUUUCAGCCCUCU